UGCCUGGCCCUCUGGUGUGCCACAGACCACAACGUGGACAACACCACAGAGAUGCUGCAGGAGUGGCUGGCUGCUGUGGGUGGCGACUAUGCGGCUGUGGUCUGGAGGCCCGAGGGGGAGCCCAGGUCUUACCCAGAUGAAGAAGGUCCCAAGCACUGGACCAAGGAAAGGCACCAGUUUCUGAUGGAGUUGAAGCAGGAAGCCCUGACCUUUGCCAGGGGCUGGGGUGCUGACUAUAUCCUGUUUGCAGACACCGACAACAUUCUGACGAACAACCAGACGCUGCGGCUUCUGUUGGAGCGAGGGCUGCCGGUGGUGGCCCCAAUGCUCGACUCCCAGACCUACUACUCUAACUUCUGGUGUGGGAUCACCCCUCAGGGCUACUACCGCCGCACAGCCGAGUACUUCCCCACCAAGAACCGCCAGCGCCAGGGCUGCUUCCGUGUCCCCAUGGUGCACUCCACCUUCCUGGUGUCCCUGCGGGCUGAGGGGGCAGCCCAGCUCGCCUUCUACCCGCCUCAUCCCAACUACACCUGGCCCUUCGACGACAUCAUCGUCUUUGCCUUUGCCUGUCAGGUUGCUGGGGUCUCGGUCCACGUGUGUAAUGAGUACCGUUAUGGCUACAUGAACGUGCCUGUGAAGUCCCACCAGGGGCUGGAGGAUGAACAGGUCAACUUCCUUCACCUGAUCUUGGAAGCGCUAGUGGAUGGGCCCCCCAUGCAGGCCUCAGCUCAUGUGUCUCGGCCCCCAAAGAGGCCCAGCAAGAUGGGGUUUGAUGAGGUCUUUGUCAUCAGCCUGGCCCGCAGGCCAGACCGCCGAGAGCGCAUGCUGAGCUCACUGUGGGAGAUGGAGAUCUCUGGGCGGGUAGUGGAGGCGGUGGACGGCCGGACUCUCAACAGCAGUGUCAUCAGGAGCCUCGGUGUGGACCUGCUCCCUGGCUACCAAGACCCCUAUUCAGGCCGCACACUGACCAAGGGCGAGGUGGGCUGCUUCCUCAGCCACUACUCCAUCUGGGAAGAGGUGGCCGCUAGGAGCCUGGCCCGGGUCGUGGUGUUUGAGGACGAUGUACGCUUCGAGAGAAACUUCAAGGGGCGGCUGGAGUGGCUGAUGGAGGAGGUGGAGGCAGAGAAGCUUCCGUGGGACCUGAUCUACCUUGGCCGUAAGCAGGUGAACCCGGAGGAAGAGGUGGCUGUGGAGGGGCUACCAGGGCUGGUGGUGGCCGGGUACUCUUACUGGACACUGGCAUAUGCCCUGAGCCUGGCGGGUGCUCGCAAGCUCCUGGCCUCCCAGCCUCUGCGCCGCAUGCUGCCUGUGGACGAGUUCCUGCCCAUCAUGUUUGACCAGCACCCCAAUGAGAAGUACAAGGCACACUUCUGGCCACGGGACCUGCGAGCCUUCUCGGCCCAGCCCCUGCUUGCUGCCCCCACCCACUACGCGGGGGACGCCGAGUGGCUCAGUGACACAGAGACGUCCUCCCCCUGGGACGACGACAGUGGCCGCCUCAUCAGCUGGAGCGGCUCUCAGAAGAGCCUGCGUGGCCCCGGCCUGGACCUGGCUGGCAUGGUGACUCUGGAGGAGCACCGGGAGCAGGCAGCAGCAGCUGCCCCCGACAGGAGCAGCCCCCAACAGGAACCGAGAACCGCCUCCUUCCUCAGGCCUGGUGGAAGGAAGAAGGUGACUCUACAGGCCUUUGGCUCCACCUGGAGGACCCUGGGAGCCCUGCCCUCCCCAGGAACAGAGCUGCUGGGCCCCUCCGCCCUCUUCUACCUCCACCCUAGCCCCUCCCCAACUCAACAUUAG